CCCCAAACUGCGAUAGCUUGUCGUUGCUUUUCUCUAUUGCGUUGGCCCGGCUUAACGCUACGACGCAUUGUUGAUGUUCCCAGGUUGCUGGUCUUCUCCCGUUUCUCCAUCUGCGCUUCCUCCCGUCCACCGCUUGCUUUCUCUCUCUCCCUAUACCUAAACUGGUUUGACACCCAAUAAUCUCCAAUUCCGCGAUAGGGCACCGUUACCGCCGCAUCCAGCAGGGCAGACGGGCGUUGUGCAUCUCAUCAUCCCGCUUUUCCAGAAACCCUGAAUCAGUCGUCGGCCCAAGUUGAUUGAUUGCCUUUGCGCUUGCUCCUCACGGUCUCGACUCACCGUCGUGACGGGUUCCCUACCGUCCCGCUUCCCGCUUCCCGCAGCUACAUAGUACUGGUACACGGUAGAUAACCCGUCGGGAACACCCCUGCUGAGUGACAGCGGUUCACCGCGCGGCGCAUGCCUACCACGCCUGGGAGGGACUCGAACUCGACAGAAAUCGACGGGGCCACUCGACACGCUGAUGAGAACAGGCUCAUGCCCUCGCUACCUUGCCUAGGCAAACUGCUGUACAGCGUAGAGUCGCUUUUGAGCCGGCCAACCCCUUUCGUUUUCUUCGUCUCGCUUGCUUGCUCUCCCGUCCCGCCAUCCCAUCCCUCCUUCCACCCGUCCAAACUAAACUCCAUCCCCCACGAACCCAGAAGAGAAGCACGCAGCCUGCUUUGCUGGUGCGCCGCCCUAUAUCACCUGUCGGCCGUCUUUAUUACAUACCCACGUUACCAACUUUACCUGCAUACUUGCGUCCAUACGUUCAUACAUACGGAUACAUAGCCUGCCCACCCAUCCUGCUGUGGUAUGACGACGUUGCUCCUUCUCUGACUCUCUUUCCCUCCCCGCUUUCCCUCUUACUCGCCCACUCACUCUCUCGCUCUCACUCACUCCCCCCUCCUUCUCUCUCUUUCCCACCCCCUCUUCUCAAUCCAUCCAUAAGCCGGCUCAGCUCCAGGCCCGGCCUCAGAUUAAAGUAGAUCCUCCACUACUCUGCCCACGGCUUGUCGCUCGUUCCGCAGCGCUACGCGAGACGUCUAGCUCAAACCCCCUUUUUGUUCCUCUUUUAUUUCUUCCUCGAGGGUCGCUUCUUCCGUUUGCGCACGAUUCCUGUGUCUUGGAAAACUAGGUAGUGUCGUAAACGCUCACGCUAUCGCCUGCGCUACACAAAGCAACUCCCGCUUACUACCCCGCCAUUCAUCCCACCUGUUCAGAUAAACACUCAAACAAACACACCCUGACGCCUCCCCUCCCCCGCCGCACGUCUCCCGUCCACCGAAAGCCGUUUGCGUUUAGACAGGAAACCAUGGCGUACCGGUCCAACGACUUUGAGGAGCGUUUUUACGACGAGGGUCCCCGCCGCCAGCGCGCUGAAAGCCGCGUUGCAUUCAAUGACGUCGACGUGCGAGUGAAGGAGCGCGAGCGCGAGCGUGAGGGUGACCGUCUCCGUUUCUUGCGCGACGAGCGCCCUCCCGAAGCAGGCGCCCUCGUUUUGAGCCGCCGAGAAGUCGAGUCGAGAGAGCUGUCACGCCCUCGCCAACGCUCUCCGAGCCCUGUCUACCGCGAGCGCGUCGUUCGCAGAGCCCGCAGCUUGACACCUCCGCACGUCCAUGAGCAUCAGCACCAGCAUCAGCAAGAGCUCGAGCGCUCGAGGGUGCGCAUUUCCGAGCGCGAACGUGAGAUUCGCAGCCCGUCACGUGGCCCUCCUCCCGAGCUGAUCCGCGCUCGAUACGUCGAACGCCAGAGGUCGCCCUCUCCACCGCCCCCGGCCAGAGAACGCAGCCGCGUCGGCGUGCGCAUCGUCGAACGUGAGAGAGAGCGAGAGAGAGCGCCGUCUCCCUCGCCCUCGCCGCCGCCGCCACCUCCCCAGCCCCAGGUCAUCCGAGGACCCACGAUUGAACGAGAAGUCAUUACCCACUACAGAGACAUCGACCAUGGUGUCACCCGCGUGCCGAGCCCGCCGCCUCCUCCUCGCCCUGCUCCCAGGCCCAAGACUCGUACUGAAGAACGGGAGCUGGAUAUCGACAUCACCACGUCCCGCAACAGAACCGACAUCGACAUUCACCGAUCGCACAGCCGCCACCGAUCCCCCAGCAGGGAGCGUAGAUCCCCCGCCUUCCAAGACCAAAGAGAUCUCGUGGUGAGCACCGACCGCCUUCGCAUCGACGAUCGUCAUUACCACAGCGGAUCGCGCCGCAGAGCCCAUUCCGCGGCCGCACGCACGCCCGUCGACGAGGAGGCCGAAUACAUCACCUCCAAGAUCGACUCACGUGGCAAGAUGGGCGAGGCCUGGAACGGUGCUACCAAGGACUGGGCCAUUGUCGAUGUGCCACCGGGAACGGAACGUGUGCGCAUGGACGGUGUAGGCGGCGGCUCCGCCGAGGUCACCUGGCAGCGUUACAACGGCGUGAGACGAGCCAAGUUCAUUCCCGAGCGGGAUAGCGGUCCGGUUUCGGCGCCGGCGCCGGCCCCCGAGCCGUCGCCGCGAGACUCGCGGGACCGUCUUAGCCUUCAGGUGUACGACCGCGAGACGGAAAUCGAGAUUGAGAAGACCAAGGAGCGCGCCCCGGGGCGCCGCCAGCCCACGAAGCGCAACGAGAUGUGGACUGAAAUCACAAAGGACCUUGUCAUCCGCGAUGCCAUCGUCGAGCUUGGCUACGACUUUGAGGAGACUGAAUACUUCUUCUACAUUAUGCAAUACCUGAAAUAUGAUGACGUUCUUGAGCUCGUCCAGGUAUCAGACGACAUCCGUCGCUUCCGCAAAGAACGCGUCCGCGAGUACGAGAGGGAUUGGGUGCACGACGACUGGGACCGCCGGUCUCAUCACCACCACCACCGCCGAGGGCCGAGCAAGUACGAUGAUGAACGAAUCUACGAGCGCGAAGUCGUGUAUGACAGCCAACGGCCCCGUCGUUGGUAAGCAAUGCAUUCACAGCGAGCUAAAGACGUAUUGAGCUGCGCUCCCAGCCGCCGUUCGGCAUCGUGAGUUUGGGCCAAGACAGACGCUUUUUACACUGGAUUCGAACAACAGAACAUACUACUUCGGACGGAAUGUGCUGGCAUUUAGAGGGCCGGAUCUGCUGGGUGGGCAAAUGUGCGCGUUUUCUCUUCUGAUUGCAGCCCAAUUGUGGGGGCUUUCUGCCUGGCACAAAGUGUAACGACUUAUGAAUACAACAUAGCGGCGGACGCAACUAGGGCGGAGUUUAGAUUGUAUUAGGAGCAAUAACGAUUUAUGACUCGGUCCGGGAGCGCCUAUCUGUGAGAGCUUGGUGUUUACGUGAGAAGCUUUGGUCUCAUUUAACAAUUGACUUGAGUCUUUCUUUGUCUUUCUCUUUCUCCCUGAGACCAUGGUGGUUCU